AUGUCGAAUAAGGAAGAUAACGAAGAGGCUGAGCUCCAGCAGAUCUGGAAGCUUUUCCAGGACUCUCCCGAGGAAGUCCAACAACGGCGACAAAAGAUCACCCAGGCGAUCCUGGACCUGACGUCGAUCAACGACUACCCGGGCUCGUUACUGGUGGUCACCGCCUUGGACGAGCUCUUGGGGUGCUUUGCCCUUGGUGGCCAGAUUAAACUGUACUACCGCUAUGGUACUUACGAUGCCUGUAUUCGCCAGCGGGAAAAGUUCUGGUUUGCCAUCACUAACGGCACCAUGACCGAGCAAAACAAACCGGUGUGGGAGAUGCUGGAAAAGGAGCUUGACCAGCGGGCCAAGAUCCAAAACUUCUAUAAGAAGCGGUUGAUGGAGGAUAAAGCUCGCGGGCUGAGCGAGGACGUGUGGGACAUGCGGACGGAGAAGAUCGACCCCUUCAAGUGA